GUAAUAUUUGCCUUUGCCUUUUUUAAUAUUUGACAGAAUUUGAUGACAAAAAGUAUUCAAGAAUUUGUUGUAAAUUUUUAUUUUUAUGUUAAUUAUUUUGUGCUGUCAAAUAACCCUAAUAACACAUUGCAUCUAACAACAAUAACUCUAAUUUAGUUAUAAAUUAAUAUUGUCCUGUUAGUGGUGAAAUUACUUUUACAAUUUCCAGUUAUUGUAAACUUACAAGUUGGAGUUUUUUGGUGGGAUUUCUGGAUUUAUUUAAUUCUCAGUAGUAAAAUCGUUAAUUAUUGUGUUCUUCAGUUUAAUUUCGUAUAAUAUAUAAGUGGCAUUUUAUGUUGUUAAAAUUUUGUUUACAUACAUAAUUUAAACAGAGGAGAAUGGCGGAAGCACACGCUGCUGUUGCUUUUUCCUUCUCAAUUACUCACGAAGGAUGGGAUGUAAACUUUGAUCGAGAAGUAUUGCAUUUAGUUUGGCAGAGUGGUGUCAGGUCAUGGAAAAAACGCAUUGCUCGUUUAUUGAAUAACCUUCAUAAUGGUAUAUACCCAGGACAUUAUAGCUAUCUUUGUCUUAUAAUUGGUGUAGUGUCAGCCAUGCAUUUAUAUGGGCAAAGAGUACCUUUAAAUUUGCCUCCAAAAAUUCUCUCACUCUGUCCGUCACAGACACUUUAUUGGCAACUUGGAGCCUGUACAAUCACAUCUCUUUCUUACUGGCUUUCUGCCGUUUACUUUCUACGCUAUUCGCUGAAAAUGUUAUUUAUGUACAAAGGAUGGAUGUACGAAUCUCAAGUGAAAGGUAGCAAACCAUCCCUUGCUACAAGAAUUUGGGCCGUUUUUGUUAGCAUAAUCGAGGGAUGGAACACACCAAAAUUAUAUAGUUAUCAGAGUUCAUUACCGAGAUUGCCAUUACCGUCUCUACACGAUACCAUGACAAGAUACUUAAGAAGUGUUCGUCCUUUACUGGAUGAUAAGUCAUAUACGAAAAUGGUAAAGUUAGCCGAUGAAUUUGAAAACGGCAUCGGAAAAAAAUUGCAGCGGUACAUUAUAUUAAAGUCAUGGUGGUCGACGAACUAUGUAUCCGAUUGGUGGGAAGAGUACGUGUAUUUGAGAGGGAGGUACCCGCUGAUGAUUAAUUCGAAUUUCUAUGGAAUUGAUGCUAUAAUGUUACAUCCAACCAGUAAUCAGGCCGCAAGGGCCGCUUCUAUUAUCAAUUCGUUACUGAGAUUCAGGAGGUUAUUGGAUAGACAAGAACUAGAUCCGAUUUUAAUACAGGGUAUGGUACCAUUGUGCUCGUGGCAAUACGAACGAAUAUUUAAUACAACGAGAGUACCGGGUGACGAAGCGGAUAAGAUCAUUCAUAUUUCCGAUAGCAAUCACAUAGCUGUUUAUCACAAAGGUAGAUACUUUAAGGUGAUCAUUCAUCACAAAGGAAGGAUAUUGAGACCGGCGGAAAUUCAGAUGCAAAUAGAGCAAAUUCUGAAAGAUACAUCCGAACCGCAAGAGGGCGAAGAAAAAUUAGCCGCCUUAACAGCUGGUUUACGCAGACAUUGGGCUAAAGUGAGACAAUCCUACUUUUCGAAAGGUGUGAAUAGACUGUCACUGGACGCCAUUGAACGAGCGGCUUUUGUAGUUGUUUUAGACGACUUUCCGUACGAGUUUGAUAUGGAAGAUCCCUCUAAAUUGGAUAAUUAUGGCAAAGUGCUUUUACAUGGUAAAGGUUAUGAUAGAUGGUUUGACAAAUCCUUUACCCUAUGCAUAGGCAACAACGGAAGAUUGGGCUUCAAUGCUGAACAUUCUUGGGGAGACGCUGCAGUGAUGUCACAUCUGUGGGAGUGGGUGAUCACUGAAGAAUCUUACGAACCUCGGUCUGAUGCUCCAAUUAUAGCACACUGUUUGGAAUAUAUUUUGCUUGAAGAAUCCGAAAAUAUACGAUUUGAUCAUAGAGGAAAUGCUUUAGGAAAUCCUGAAUUCACUCCACCGCCUCCAAACAGACUAAAUUGGGACAUACCAAAAUCUUGUCAGUGCGCUAUUGAAGAAAGUUUACACAUAGCAAAUAUACUUAUAAACGAUAUUGACUUGAGAAUCUAUGUUCACGACAACUAUGGAAAAGGUUUUAUGAAAAGUUGCAAUUUAAGUCCGGACGCGUACAUACAGAUGGCACUUCAGUUAGCCUAUUUCAGGGAUGCCGGCAAGUUUUGUCUGACGUACGAAGCGGCAAUGACCCGUAUGUUUAGGGAAGGCAGAACGGAAACGGUAAGACCGUGCUCGCAGGAAUCAGUGGCUUGGGUCAAAGGUAUGGAGGACAAAAGUAACAGUAUAGAAGAAAAAAUCAAAUUGUUGAAAAUUGCUUGUGCAAAUCAUCAGAGGGCUUAUAAGGACGCUAUGUGCGGAAAGGGCAUAGAUCGACACAUAUUUUGUUUGUAUGUCGUAUCGAAGUAUCUCGAAGUAGAUUCGCCGUUCAUAAAGGAAGUUAUGAGCGAACCGUGGAGAUUAUCCACUUCCCAGACGCCUCACGGUCAGACGAAAAAGCUGGACUUGAAGAAACACCCCAAGUGCAUAUCGGCGGGAGGGGGUUUCGGGCCGGUAGCCGACGACGGUUAUGGAGUCUCCUACAUCAUUGCAGGCGAAGACUUGUUGUUCUUCCAUAUAUCGAAUAAAAAGAGCUGUCCUACAACGGACUGUCAUAGGUUUGCCAAAAAAAUCGAACAGGCGCUUGCUGAUAUGAGACAACUCUACGUCGAUUUCAAGAACUGACUAAGAAAUAAUAAGUUUUGUACGCCCUUUAAAGGCAAAAGGUGAAAAUGGUGGAUGGUUGAUGACGUUUAUAUGGAUUUGUGUUUUGAAAGGUUUUAAUUUUACCUGAGCUGUAUCUUAGCUUUAAUUAUCUCGUUACAGUGUCUUCUAUUGUAUUACAAGUUUUUAAAACUAAUUUUUAUUUGAAUAUGAAAAUUAAAUUGUUAUAAUUUUUCAAUUAUAUGUUACAUAAGUGUAAAGGUAAUUACUUAUCUGCAAUUAAAUAAAUCUUUUGUUUUUA